CGUCGGAGGGGCGACCGACCAGGGUGUGGCCCCGACUUCCAGCGCUUAGACACUACCUAAUCUCACUGUAUCCUAGGUUGAUAACCACUACAACUUCUACAACAAUUGAGGCUAUCGGACCUUACAGCACCUACCCAAGAUGAAUUGAACCGUCGAACAAUGGAGAGUUUAAGAUAAUUCGGAGACCGAUAUGACCUAGCUUGAAAUUAGAUGUCGUGUAUUUGGUAGGACCAACCGAUUGAAAUCCUCUCCACUAUUAAUUACCUUUUCGUAACCCUAAAUCCGUUACGUGAGCUUUGAAUUCGCGGGGCAUUCUACUUUAGUUUGCACCCUCAUAUUUUCCCGCGUAUCCAUUGAAUGCGUAAUCUACCUACCCAGGACGGAUCCCGCUUGUUAGGUAAUAUCGUAUGGGGAUUUAAGAGGGUAAAAAGAACACUUCUCAUAUAAAAGAUUUAUUCCUAUCUUCUCUUCUGAUCGUGACCCUGGCUGUGUUCCUGUCUCGAGCUCUGCCCCGCCUUACCUCACUAUCCCUCCACCUUUCACCUGGCGCUCGUCAGCAAAUCUUUACGAACAGCACCAUGUCGUCAUAUGCCAAAGAACUCGAGGUGGCACAACUAGCCGUCCAGCGCGCUUCUAUUCUAACUAAGCGCGUUUUCCAUGAGAAGGCUAAGGGCACCGUAUCGAAAGACGACAAAUCGCCCGUGACUAUCGGCGACUUCGGCGCUCAGGCCCUGAUCAUCAGUGCACUCAAAGCUAAUUUCCCUGAUGAUGAAAUUGUCGCCGAGGAGGAGGCCGCACAACUACGCCAGGAUGCCAGUCUGAAGCAGACUAUCUGGGACCUCGUGAAGACCACUCAGCUCUCUGACUCUGACGCUGAGGGCUUGCUUGGUGGGGCUAUUGAAGAUGAAGAGACUAUGUUGACCAUGAUCGACUACGGCAACAGCAAGGGUGGCGCAAAAGGUCGCAUAUGGGCCAUUGACCCUAUCGACGGAACCAAGGGCUUUUUACGUGGUGGCCAGUAUGCUGUGUGUCUCGCUCUGAUGGUGGACGGAGAUGUCAAGGUCGGAGUUCUAGGCUGCCCGAACCUCCCGGUUGACGACUCUGCUCCGCUAACGGGAAGCAUGGAGUCUGGUCAGACCGACGUUGGUAGGGGAGUUCUAUUCUCGGGUGUUCUUGGCCAGGGUGCUACGAGCCGUCCGUUGACUACGGGUUCUUUGGCGCAUGAGAAGAGCAUUUCUAUGCGGGCAAUUACGGAUAUUGCAGCCGCGACGUUUUGCGAGAGUGUGGAGGCAGGCCACUCGUCGCAUGGAGACCAGGCUGAAAUUGCUAAGCUACUGGGUAUCACGAAUCCUAGUGUGAGGAUGGAUUCUCAGGCCAAGUACGCUUCAAUUGCGCGAGGCGCUGGUGAUAUCUACUUGCGAUUACCUGUUAGUGCUACGUACCAGGAGAAGAUCUGGGAUCACGCUGCGGGCGACCUCAUCGUUCGUGAAGCUGGUGGCGCCGUAACGGAUAUCCAUGGAAAGCGAUUGGAUUUUAGCAUUGGUCGAACACUAUCGGGUAACAAGGGCGUCAUCGCCGCGCCUGCUGCUGCUCAACCACAAGUUCUAAAGGUAGUCCAAGAGGUGCUAUCGAAGAAAUAGAGUAAAGAAACGCUGUAUGUUGCAAAUAGGGCAUGCGUAAAAAUAGUACAUAUUUUUUGGUCGGGUAUCUGCCGUCAUAUAAUACAUAGAUACACGUCUAAAAAAGGCCAGUACCCAAGUUCCCAGAUUGUCUAUUUGAUCUUCUUUUGCUUGAGCUUGAUAGUCUCCUCGUUGACGAAAAUACCCUUUCCCUUGUACGGUUCGGGAACCCUCCACUUGCGUAUCCUGGCCGCGAAGGACAUAACCUCUUCCCUGUUAACACCUUCGAGUAGGAUUCUUGUAGGUUGCGGCGUGCUAGCUGAUAUGCCGAGGGGUACUGGUUCUUCUACCGGGUGUGUAAAUCCGAGCUUUAGACACACAAACUUUUGCCCUUGAUAUUCUGCCUUUUUCGGUCGCUCUUCGACUGUCGCUCGGUAACCCACACCAACGAGUCGUAGAAUUGCAGUGUGUCCUUCCGAAACGCCGAUAAUAUGUCGCCUGAGAUAUGCCCAAGUAGUUCCUAGUUCAACAUAGGUUAGUUCUAGUCCUCGCAUAAGUCGAAGUGGUCCGCCGUGAUGGUGGUGGCGAGCGCCAUUAAUUACAUACCCCACAUCUCCAUCUGUUGUUU